AUGAGGCGCGAGGGCCCUGCAGUGUCGUUUAGACAGGGCGCUGCUGGUGAUAUGGCAGGAGCUAUCUUCAUGUGCAACAUAUCCACAAGGGAACAAAGCUUUCAAGCAAAAGUUUUCAGCCUGCCGUUGGAGUAUCAAUCCUUUGUUACCAAUGUCAGGAAAGGGAUGCCUUUGUUUCUCUUUGACUACACUCUGCGCAAGCUUUAUGGGGUCUUUGAGGCUGCCUCUGAUGGAGGGCUCAAUAUUUGCGAUUCUGCGGUUCAACGCUCAUAUCCUGCGCAGGUUCGCAUCAAUAUUAUUUGGAAGUGCAGACCACUAAGUGAAGAUGAGUUUUUCCCUGCCAUAGAAGACAACUACUAUCAUCCAAGGAAGUUCUACUUUGACCUUUCCUACGAGCAGGUUGUUCGCCUAUAUGAGUUGUUCGAUGACAGGAGGGUAGAGCGCCCUAUUCAUGACUAUCCAAAAAAUGAGAGUUUGGAAAUAAACCACUCCAGCAAAGGGAUACUGGACAAAGAAAGCUUGACUCCAGAUGUUCCUGAUUGCAAUGAUCAAUCACGCCUUUCAAUUCCCAACAUUUCAGAAGUUGCAAGAAGAUACUCUACUCCUACAAGCAUGCAAACAGAUUCACCGCUUAGUGUUGAGGCAUACCCAAACAUGUUGAUGCCCAUGAGAACUGAAACUUUUGGAGCCCAAAUUGCUCCCAACCUGAGCCGUCAUGACCAAGUAGACAUCCAUUCUCAGCGUGAGCUUUUCCCAACCGCUCCAAUGACAGAUGCUGUUUCAACUCAUGUAUCUGCCCCUUGCUCUCAAACUUCUAGGCUGCAGCUGGUUGCAAAGCAGUCAUACCUGUUGCCACAAGACUAUCCACAUAAUACCUUGCCUUCUGGAUGUACAGCUCAGGAGCCAAGAGGAGCUAAAUUUGUUGCAAAUCAGUCAUAUCCAUUAUCUCGUGGCUAUUUGCACAAUUUCUCGCUAACUUCUGGAUAUGCAAAUCAGAAUCCAACUUACAAAGGCAGUAAUCAUUUGAAUUCAACUUUUACCCCGUAUGAUCGGUUAUAUCCUCAAUCGUCGCUGUCAAAUCGACAAAGUAACUCUGACUAUCAAGUUCCUUGUGACAUCUGCUUCAACCAAGACCGCUCUGGUGCGCAUAACAACAUACAUGCAUGUGAGCCUCGAUGUUUCAGUGGAGAAGCUUUGCCACAGGCAAAACUAAGCAAACUAGGUAUUCCCACAUAUCCUGAAGCUGAACGUGAUGGGAAAGCAGUACCAGCAAUUUAUCAACAGAAAACAAGUUCUACUGAUUACAUUCAGAUCCUUGAUUGUGAUCAAGACUUCAAAAAUGAUGGGAUGAAGAAACAUGGUACCUGUAGCAGUACUUCGGAUGCAUCAGAUCUUGAAAAUGGUAUUCUCAAUCCACGACAUACACAACAUGCUAUAGGAGCUGAAACUAACAGAAAGAAUUGGUGUAACCCUCCACAAACAAGUGUAUUUUCUCGCUUAUCAUUGACCAAGCAACUAACUUCUCAAGAGGCCACAGGUCCUACGCUGAACCAAUUGGUUUCUUCUCUUUCCCAGAAGACAGAACAAUGGAAUCACAAAAAUAGACCAACUGCAGAUGGUAUUAUUCCGUUGAUCGGGGAACAGGCUAUGGACUGUUUUCAUGCAGAGCUGAACCUGCCAAGUCAACUAGAGCUGGAAGAAGAAGAAAGCAUAGAGCCACAACUUCCCAACUUGAACUUCAAGAGACGCAGUAAAGCAGGGGAGGUGGAUGCAAAUUUGGGAAAAGAAAGUGGGAAAGUCAAGAGAAGAAAGCUUGUGCGCCCUUCCUUUGAAGAAAACAAAGUUUCUACAAAUGUCGAGGAAGAGUUGAAAAGAAAUUGCACGCAGAACAUGAAUCAAAACUAUCAGGAAGCCAGUAAAGAUCAUUUUGACAUUGACCUAAAUGCACCUGCUGCAUCAGCAGAUAACAAUCUACUGGAGGAGGAUAACAGAAGUGCAGUGUGUCCAAGUGUUAUCAAGAUACAAACAGAGAAACCAUCUGAAACAGACGUGAACAAGCCAAACAACUCAGACGUGAUGGAGACAACCAAACAAGAUCCAUCAGUUGCACCCGCACAAAAGGUUUCCAUUGAAUUUAACAUCGCAGACCUGAACACAAUGGAUGAAUCGAAACUGCGAACAAUUCUUGAUCAGACAUCCUCAUUGUUGUUAUCACUUGGUAAGCUCAAAAGUGGGAAGUCUAACAACUCUGAAGAGGCUAGGUCAAGUGUUUUUGCUACGAGGACAGGAAAGUAA